AUGAUAAGAAAUGUUAUAGGCGGGUACGAGGAAUCGGGCGCAAUGCUUCCCAUACUUCCUGAAGACGGCAGCACUGUGCAGGCCUUUUUGCUGCGCAGCGAACGACGGUACAUCCAGAUGGGAUUGGAUCCCCACGGCCGGAGCGGCUUCUUUCCACUAGAUAUAACGUUACAUGCAAGCUACCUUGCGUUUACUUCAGAGCUCUGGUUUCACAUUGAAACUGCUCGCUUCACCGUUCAAAGGUUUUCUGCAUAA